CCCGAUUUUUUCCAACCAUCACUGAAAGAAAAUGAGUUACAAAAAAAUAUUGCAAAGCUUCAGUAUUCUUUAAACUGUUAAGUGAUAAAUAGAGAAAAGUGAAGCACACUAAACAUGGCAGCAAAAAUAAUGCUGAUUGCGUGUGGAUCAUUCAGUCCUCCAACUCCAAUGCACUUUCGAAUGUUUGAAAUCGCCAAAGAUUAUUAUUCUGAGCUAGGAAAUCAUGAGGUCAUAGGUGGAAUUGUGUCACCAGUUCAUGAUGCUUACGGAAAAAAAGGGCUCGUCUCACAAACUCACAGACUCGCAAUGUUAAAAUUAGCUUUGGAAACUUCAUCUUGGAUCAGAAUCUCUGAGUGGGAAUGUCAACAAGAGGCAUGGACUCCCACUCGAAAUACGCUUCAAUAUCACCAAAACUACCUAAACUCAAUCAUUCGUGACUUAAAUGGAGUGAAUUCAAGCAAUCUUCCCAGUUGGAUUCCGUAUAAUGUGAAACAAUAUAAAGAACCAGUUCAGAUCAAGUUGCUUUGUGGAGCUGAUUUAUUGGAGUCUUUUGCAACACCAGGAUUAUGGAAAACUGAUGACCUUGAAGCGAUUCUUGGUCAACAUGGAAUUGUUGUAAUCACACGAAAUGGAAGCAAUCCUGAACAAUUUAUUUUUGAUUCCGACUUGCUGAGCAAAUAUCGCCGGAAUAUUGUAAUAGUCAACAAUUGGAUUGCCAAUGACGUAUCAUCGACACUCGCUCGUCGUUUUAUUGCUCGCGGACUAUCCGUAAAAUAUCUUCUGGAUGAUUCUGUGAUCGAUUAUAUAAAAAAACAUUCGCUCUAUUGCAACUCUACUAAUGACACACAAAGCUGAGGAAAUCCAAAAGAGGGAAAAAGAAGCAUGAUCGUUAAUUUUUAUGUUGUUAUGUAUGCUGUUACCUGAAUACUUAUGUAGUAUGUUGUAAAUCAUUCAUUUUAAUUCCUUCUUUUUAUAAUUAAUGGAAUUUC